UGUCCAGACAGAGCAGCUACACUCAGCCUCAGUCCUUGUACAGGUUCUACAAACAGAUUGAGAAGCAUGGCAGUGACACCUCGUUUGACGGGGAUGCAAGAAAAGAAGCUGCAAAAUUAUUUUGGAGGAAAAUAAUUUACCCUUCUCUAUAAACCUAAUGUCCAUGAAUUCUCUGGACAUAAUUUUGACAGAUGCUGUGACCAAGGGCCUACUGUGAUGGUGAUUUAUGGUGGACAUUGUGUUUUGGGGGCCUAUAUAAAAGAGAGUUACAAGAAAGAUGACAAAGUUCCCAUUGUCCUUCUUGCCUUUCAAGAGAAUGAAAUUUCAGAAUGCAAUAUAGGAACAUAUUCACCGUCUAUAUUUCUUCAUGAAUAUCAUAAAGGGUGGGAUGGUUUCAAAUUCCUCCUUAAUCUGAAGCAAAAAAAAGUGACUAUGAACUUAGAUGCAAUUAAAGAACUUGGACUACUUCAAAAUCAAUCUAUUUCCUUUGAAGAAUGUGAAGUUUUUUAUUGUGAAGAUAGCUUGGACGAAAGAAUCAUGAAAGGGAUUACUCAACUCCACAAGAGAUUAUUGUUUGACAUGAAAACUUACAAACCACAUAAAGACCUCGUUCACCAGCAGAUUCUGCUCCUGGGUCCAAAUGGGGCUGGGAAGUCUAGCUUUUUCAACUCGGUAAAAUCUGUUUUCCAAGGCCAUGUGACACACCAGGCUCUGGUGGGCUCUGAUACAACUGGAGUAUCUGACAAGUACAGGACAUAUUCCAUUAAGGAUUUGAAGGAUGGCAACACCCUACUGUUUAUUCUGUGUGACUCAAUGGGGCUGGGUGAGAAGGAAAAAGGGUGCGUGGAUGACAUAGUCUACAUCUUAAAAGGCCACAUUUCUGACAGAUACCAGGACAGAAGACCAAUCAACAAUAUUGUAACAUCAAUAGUUUUCUCUUUAGCUAUCUCUUCCAAGAGGUGGCUUCAUUUGAAGCCUCAUUUCUUACCAUGGAAAGCAAUGAAGGGAAUUUCCUAUGUCAGACGAAUUCCAGGUGUAGCACAUGGGGUUUUGCUCACUCAUGUGGAUAGAAUGGAUCUGAUUACAAGAGGUGACCUUAGAGACAUAUACAGAUGUAUGCCUGUGAAGCUCAAGUUAGAGACCGUCCACAGAGAACUUGGAUUUGCUCUUUCUGACAUCUUGGUGGUUAGUAAUUACACUUCAGAGUGGGAGUUGGACCAUAAAGACAUUCUGAUCCUCUCUGCACUGAGACAGACACUGUGGGCUGCAGAUGACUUCUUAGAGGAUUUGCCUCUUGAGAAAGCAGGUAGAUGCAUUUGGUGGUAUCGACACUUGAAGGUGUCCUGUAUGGCUAUUCCUGCUUGGAUCUAUUGGGUACAUGGCAGUUCACUGUGUCACUGUAGGUCGCUGUCUUGUGAGUAG